AUGCUCUACUCCGCCUCCGUCGACAGCCCACUUCGGUCUCGGAAGCAGCGUGUCGACCUCCGACUGCAAUCUCCGUACUCCUCCAACACCCCAACGCAAAAAGCGCCCAUCGAAGUUGGUCACCGUCCGGUCGUGCAAUCGGACAUUGAUUUUUGGUCCAAGCUAGGCAGAAUGCACGAAAACCUUGGCGUUACUACUGCCUCUCCAACCGUGUCGAUACUGAAGUCUCGGCCCAAGUCGCCAGUGGUAGAGGUCAAUUCUUCACCCGUUAGUACAAGCCCAGCGCCUUCCGGUUUAUCGUUUAAGGCCUGUAAAGAGGAGACCCCAGGUGUUGCCGUCGACGACGAUGAUUCUGAGGUUACAAUCAACCCUCACACGCUUCAUAUCAUUAAAGAGAAUUUGGAUGCGUCGACGAACUCCGAAGCCGGCUCACCUCCCACUCUCCCACCUACCGAUCGUCUACACAAGCACCUCAACUCGUCCGUUUUCACCUUCUCGCCGCCUGUACGAACCUCCUUUUGUUUUCGAACGCAGGAUUCUAGUCGUCGUGGCGCUUCGAACCUUGCAAAAAUGGACGAGGUCGCUAAGGCCUUGUGCUUGGGCUCGUAUUUCACCUUCUCGUCCCCCGCCACGUAUUUCCUCAACAAACUUGCGGCUGCUGCCCCAACGUCCUCGUCAAUUCAAGAAGAGGAGGGGCAGGAGGAGGAGCACGAAUCAUUUGGCUUCAGCACCCUACCAGACAACGAAGACACCACUGAAUGUUACUCCCAAGUUGACGAACCAUCGCACUCCUCACCUGGCUCCACUUCUGCCUGCGCCGAUGAUAUUUCUCCUGCCGAUGGCGAUGGCAACAUACUGGACGACGACGAGACGGAAUCGAACGUCGUGCAAACGGAGGAUGGGGGCAGCACCGACAUUUUCACACCCCGGCGGUCAAAGCGAACCGUCAAACGACCUGAACGUUACCAUUUUUGA